AGCUGGACCUUUGACCGAGGUGUGGCCAGAGCCGCCCAGGGCUGCAGAGCCUCCAGCCCCUCGCCUGGCAUCUGUGCCCCUUCCUGCCUUCGUUUCCUUGCUGCCAACCAGGGCCCCAGCUGCACCCCAGUGCCCAACGGGGUCCCUGCCUGCAGCAAGGCCAGCGCCCGACGAUGCCCCAGCCGGGACCACGCGCCCAGCAGCGCUGGGGCCCUGAGAGCUGAGCGGCGUGGAUCGCAGAGGGGGGUCGUCCCCGCCGACUCCAAGAUGUCCUAUUUCGGGGAGCACUUCUGGGGAGAGAAGAACCACGGCUUCGACGUGCUGUACCACAACAUGAAGCACGGGCAGAUCUCCACCAAGGAGCUGGCCGACUUUGUCCGGGAGAGGGCCACCAUCGAGGAGAACUACGCAAAGUCCAUGGCCAAGCUGUCCAAGAUGGCCACCAACGGGACCCAGCUGGGGACCUUUGCACCCCUCUGGGAGGUUUUCCGCAUCUCCUCCGACAAGCUGGCGCUGUGCCACAUGGAGCUGAUGCGCAAGCUGCACGACCUCAUCAAGGAGAUCGCCCGCUACGGCGAGGAGCAAGGCCGGGUACACAAGAAGUCCAAGGAGGAGGUGUCGGGGACGCUGGAGGCCGUCCAGCACCUGCACGGCGUCACCCAGCUGCUGCCCAAGUCCAAGGAGCUCUACUACAGCAAGUGCCAGGAGUACGAGCGCCUGCGCCGCGAGGGCACCAGCCAGAAGGAGAUUGACAAGGCAGAGCUCAAGUCGAAGAAGGCGUCGGAGUCGCUGCGGCGGGCGGUGGAGAAGUACAAUGCAGCCCGGGCGGACUUCGAGCAGCGCAUGCUGGACUCUGCCAUGCGGUUCCAGGAGAUCGAGGAGUCUCAUCUGCGGCACAUGAAGGGGCUGAUCGGCUCCUACUCGCACUCCGUGGAGGACACGCAUGUGCAGAUCGGGCAGGUGCAUGAGGAGUUCAAGCAGAACGUGGAGAACAUCGGCGUGGAGCUGCUGCUGCGGCGCUUCGCCGAAAGCAAGGGCACCGGGCAGGAGCGGCCAGGGGCACUGGACUUCGACGAAUACCGGAUGGCCCCCAUGCAGGAAGGGCCGAAGAGGAGCCGCAGCAAAGCUUUCCGCAUCCCGGGGCUGAGCAGGAAGGAGCGGGAGCGCGACUCUGUCGAGUCCACGGACGCCGACUUGACCUGCCCGGAGGUGGAUGAGGAGGGCUUCACUGUGCGCCCCGAUGUCAACCAGAACAACGAGGCCGAGAACCACGGCUGCUCGUCCAGCGACUCGGACUACGACGACGACGAGCCGCGCAAGUUCUACAUCCACAUCAAGCCGGUGCAGCCCCGCGAGGCGGGCGGCAGCGCCGAGGCCACCGACGAGCAGCUGAAGGCCACGGUGGGGAACCUCAUCCUGCCCCCCAGCAUCGGGGGCACGGUAAAGAGGCAGUCGUCACGACACGUCUCUGCGCUGAGCACGGCCCCGGCGGACGUGGCGCUGGCUGCAGCAGGCGAGCCCACUGGGAAGGCCAAGCCAUGCAACCGCACCGCCCGGAUCAACAGCUACAUUGGGAAACCCCGGCUGGAUGCAGCCUCUUCCACUGCCCUGUUCGGGCCCCCGCUGGAGUCUGCCUUCGAAGCAGAGGACUUCCCGGCACCCCGUGCCUACGUCCUCACCUCCAGCCCCUCGCCCUUCUCCUCCUCGUCGCCAGAGAACGUGGAAGACUCGGGGCUGGACUCCCCGUCGCACCCGGUCACCGGCCCCUCGCCCGACUCCCGGCCCUGGACCCCACGGCCUGGCACUCCCCAGAGCCCCCUCUCCCGGCAGACGUCCAAGGACUCCCCCACCUUCCCGGAUGACCGGCGCACCGUCCCCGCGGCCGCCCCUGCUGAGGCCCAGAGCGCCUGGCUGCCCCGGCCUGGCAGCCCUGGGGGGCGUCCCCUCGAGCCCCCCGCCUUCGCUGUGUUCAGCGGCCCGGGGGCCGGUUGCGCCUGGGAGGACUCGACGGUGGGCGGCCGGUGCCGCACUCGCUGCCCCAGCGCCCCGGCCCCCCGGGAGGUCCCCUCUCCUGACCCCUUCGGGGACCCCCGGGCCUGGGGGGCCAGGUCAGCAAGCCCCGGCUCGGACCUGGCCUCGCAGCCCUGCAGGCCCCGUGUCUGCCUCUCCUCCACUUCGGCCUCGUCCUCCUCCUCCUCACCCUCCCCGGCCCCUGCCAGUGGCAGGGAGUCCGUCAGCCCCUGCCCGUGGCCUCGCCCGGCGCCAGGUAUCCGGCUGUGCGAUGGCACCGCGCCGGCAGCGCCCGAGCCUUCGGUCCAUGCUGACCCUGCCCGCGCCCCCACCCAGCCCUGCACCGCCCCCAAGGAUGUCCCGGUGGUGGCCCCCCCUCGGCGAGUCCGGACCAAGAGGCCCUCGGCUGGGCAGGCUCUCGGCAGCAACAGCGACCUGUCCCGCUCCCUGAGCCCAUCCCCACUGUGGAGCUAUGGCCCGUCUCACUCCGCACCAGCCAGCCUGGGCGAGAGGGGCUUCUUCACGGCCGUGCAGCCUGCCCUCGGGCUUUCCCGCGGCCCCAGCCCUGUGGUGCUGGGCUCCCAGGACGCGCUGCCCGUGGCCACUGCCUUCACCGAGUACAUCCAUGCCUACUUCAAGGGUCGGGACCCCGACAGCUGCCUGGUGAAGGUCACGGGUGAGCUCACCAUGUCCUUCCCCGCCGGGAUCAUCCGUGUCUUCAGUGGGAGCCUGGCACCGCCCGUGCUCAGCUUCCGCCUGCUGCGCACGGCCUCUAUCGAGCAGUUCCUGCCCAACGCCGAGAUGCUCUACAGCGACCCAUCCCAGAGCGACCCCAGCACCAAGGACUUCUGGCUGAACAUGGCAGCGCUGACCGGGCACCUGCAGCGCCAGGCAGAGCAGGCCCCCACCGCGUCCUACUACAACGUGGCCCUGCUCAAGUAUCAGUUCUCCAGGCUGGGCCCCAGCGCGGCCCCCCUGCAGCUCUCGGUGCGCUGGGACUGCGCGGCCGCCGCCACCCAGGUGCGCGUGGAGUACGCCUACAACGCCGGUGCCAUGGCCGCCCCCGCGCCCCUCGCCAAUGUCCAGGUGCUGCUGCCCGUGGAGGAGCCGGUCGCCAACAUCCGGCUGCAGCCGGCUGCCAGCUGGAACCUGGAGGAGAAGCGGCUGCUGUGGCGGCUGCUGGACGUGCCCAGCGCCCCGGACCAGAGAGGCUGCGGCCGCCUCUCGGCCAGCUGGCAGCCCCUGGACGGGCCCAGCCGGCCCAGCCCCGUGGCCGCCCAGUUCACCAGCGAGGGCAGCACCUUGUCAGGGGUGGAGCUGGAGCUGGUGGGCAGCGGGUACCGCAUGUCGCUGGUGAAGAAAAGGUUCGCUACAGGGAUUUACCUGGCUGGCUCGUGAGCGGUGCCAUCUCCAGCGGCCCCGUGAAGCUGCCGGCGCGUGUCCCUUGGUGUCUCCUCCAUGGGUGUCUCUGUUUGUUGUUGGGUUUUAAG